AUGGCUCAGUAUCAAACCACUGGUUACACAAAUUGUCGCGAAAUUUUAGACUCUCUUGCUCGCUUAUCUCAAACAAUCGAUACACAGGCAAAACAGUUAUCCGACAAAGAGAGGUUAAUCGGCAGUCCAUCUGACAGUCCUGCAUUUCGAAAUAGUUUAGCAAAUGAUGAAAAACGAUUACAUGACACUGUACAACAGACAACGACAUUAUUUAAAAAGCUAACUACGGAAGUUGGAUCAAGAAGGAGUGACUUAUCGCAAGAAGAAAAGAUUCAAAUGACACAAGUUCAAAAGGCUAUGGAACAAGCGCUGAAAAAAUACCAACAAAUUCUAAAAACACUCAAUGAGAAACGUCAACAGUUUCAAGCAGCCAAACAAGAUACACUUAUCGACUUUGAACAAGACAACACCGAUGAUGUGAAUAAAAGACUGCAAAUGCGAUCGCAAAUGCAAGUGCAGAAAGAUCGUUUAAGAGAUCAAGUCGAACAACAAUAUGUUAUUGAAGAAGCGGUUGAGAAUGUUCAAGUAAGCAUAAUCGAAGCUAAGAAUCGCGCAAGACUUAAGACAGUUCUCUGCUCUAGUUGGGACCCAUGCGAAGGGAGAGGCAGAAGAUAACGUACUAGCAGUUUGUGUCUACUCUCGUUCCUCUUCUCAAAAAGUUUCACGUACAGCACUAUCGGUGCUUACCAGUGCCGGAAUACCAUCGAAGGUGAGCACUGCAGAUAUACUUAGGGUAUACCAAAAGUAAUGACGCCAGUAUCUUAUUCCUUACAAGAAUGCCUCAACAAAUUUUCUUUUUUCAUGUGGUCGUAGAGGAGAAGAUGCUUUAUUUUUCUGUACUAUUUGAUCACUGUUCAACUAA